AUCAAUGUUAUUAUGCUAACAGUGUGUCAUCGACUCAUCAGGACCAAGGCAGGGGUGCGUCCUGCAAAUUGGGGAAAAACAAGACUUUUACGUCUACAUUGACUCUUUUGGGGGUGACAAUUGAAGACCGAUCUGACAUAUUGUUUUUGUGAUCCGGCUGUCAUCAAGUUAACACGAUAACGGGACUUGCAAACCGACUCAAACUGCUGAGCUCUCUUAGCAGGACUGUUAGCAGGGCAGGCUAACUGGCUUAUUCGUGUCGUACCUGAGUCCUGUUGGGACGGCAGAGACAUGUCCUGCAGCUUAUUGGAGUUUUGUCGGCUCCAGGAGCUGAAAACGGUCCGGGAUUAUCUGUUCACCAGUCAGCAAAAUGAACCAGCUGAGGAGAAGAACCAGACAGGUAAAAACUGGAUCAGGCUGUUAAACAGAGUCCUUUUAGCGACUGGGUGAACCAGCAAGAUCUAGUUUUGAGAGAAAAAGUGUACAUGCACACCUGUAUACAUGUUACAGUCAGAUUAUUAACAUUAAUGCAGCUGGUAAACUUAAAUGUGGUCUCUUUAUCGCCAGUUUCUUUCUUUCUUUCUUCAAACGGGAGACUUGGCAGGGAGGACCUAAAAAGGCCAAAAUAACUUCUAAAACAAGUUAUUUCAUUCUACAAUUAAAAACAUAUAUUACUGGAUCAAAAUUGAGCAUCAAUGAAGGAAAAAAAAACACAAAAAUCUGAGUGUCUUUCAGCGUGCCUGUGACCAAAAACAGGAGAAAUACACAUUUGACUAACAAACUCAGACAUUUCCUCUAUAAUGUUAUUGUAUUUGAGUUGAUUUAGUAAAAGAUCUAUCCAGUCAGAGUCUGCUAUUAUUUCUUUGUAAAGCAAUGUUUCAUAUCUAUUUUGUAUUUGCGUUUGACAUAAACUGUAAUGUAGGGCUGGGCGAGGCGAUAUGGGAAAAAGUUUAUCACGAUAUGUUUUUUUCAUAUCAGGUGAUAUCAACAUAUGAUAUCUUUGACAUUUUGUCAUAUGGCAUUGCGUAAGAGAAAGCCAACUGAAUGGUCAGCUGUUUCGGCUGCACAGGCACGAUGGGCUCUUUGCUCCACUCAGGGUUUGUAACCUUUUGCAUUGAGCGUGCUCUGCUGCGUUGCACCACUUCAAGUGGUGAAAAAGAUUUGAGGUAUUCCCUGACUUUGCGAGAUCAUGUACUUGACAUAAUUUGCAGUGCACUUUACUCUGCUUCAUUACCAACCUCAAAAAAACAAAAUACCUCCACACCACCGAUGUUUUGUGCCAGUUUUGACAACGAUGUCAUCAUCAGUUGAGCCUUCAUCUGCAUUUCUGCCGGGGGUAGCGCUCAUUUUCUUUUUUCUCACUGACAGUACUGUCUUUCACGUGUUAAAAUUCUAUGGUUGCAUGAAGCUGCAGCCUGCUACUGCGCAGUUGUUUGCUACUUGGUUUUAAUUCAGCACAUGAUUGGUUCAGCACGAAGCGGACCCGGAGUGACUGCCCCUUUCAUUAGCUAUUCGUGUAGUCUACUUAAACAUGGCAGAAUGCGGACUAUUGCAGAGCAUAUUGACCAGGUUUUAUAUUGAUAUUGAGGGAAAUUAAUUUUCGAUAUAUAUCGGUAUCGUUUUAUCGCCCAGCCCUACUGUAAUGGCACUCUUAAUUAUCCCUGUAAUGACAGUAACUUUUGUCCAAGGUCGGGCUGCACAGUUACACCAAGUUUAAUCAUGAUCACAAGUGUGUGCUGCCUGUGAUUAAAAAAUUAUGACCGAUGACGAAUACUGAUGUUAAAAUAUGCUCGCUCCAUCCAAAGAAACCUCUUCAUGAUGCCUCAAUGACAGGUGAUCCCCUUGUCGAUUAGAUUUGUCGCUAAAGGAUCGCGUGUUUUAUUAAAGCAGAGGAGAAGAGUGAGCACAAAGAAAAAAGCUGCAGCAGUAAUGAGCUUUAAUGAUCUAACAAUAGCGUGGCUAAACUAAAUUACUUACAGGUCUUAUACAAAGUAGACUUGGUUAUUUUAACAAAGAUUAAGAUCCUUUUUCAAGAUAAAGGCUUCAAUAAAGGCUGUGUGAUGGGUUACAUCUGCUACCUUUAAUUUGAUAAAAUAUAAUAAUUUUUAAGAUAUUUUUCAUACCACGCUGUAAAAAUACCCAACACAAGUAAAAGUCUCUGUGUAACUGUAUUAUAAUCAAAAUGAUGUCAAAUUCCUUAUUAAAGUGAAACUUUGAUGCUAUUUGACCAAUUUGGGAGAAAUACUCAAGAUGUGUAGAUACAUUUGUUUGGCUUACUCCAGUACUGGCACAGGAUAUUCAUGUUUUUAAAAUAAACUACAGACGGACAAGAUGAUCCCUUAAUUAUAAAUAAUCCUGAUCUCAAUAUUGAUUAAAACAGUCAUGUUUACCAUUUCUGGUCAUAAUCGUGCAACCCUAACAUGAAGAUGUUUUUUCUCCUGCCAUUGUGACUUUUUUCUUGUACAGGAGGUUUCAUAGUUGUAAAAGUUUUAAAACUGCAGAGAAAGUUCUGUUCUGUUUUUUAACAGGGUAAAGAUUGGGAGCUUGGAGGAUAUUUCUGGUCAGCAAACAACUUUCCAAUUAUUUGCAGGAAUUCUAGUAUUUGAGUAUUUUAGUAAAGUCAUGCAUACAUGUAAAUAUUUCCUUAUCAUCAAUCACUUUGAGUACUCAUCACGUUAAAUGUUAAAGCCUUUUUGACACAUGCAGAGAAAAGUGCUCAAUAUGCUUUAGAAAAUUGUGUCAUAGUGAGGGUUGUUUGCAGAGCUUAUCUCAACCACAGGUCUUGUGUUGUUUGCUGAACAUAGUGAGGUUAUCUUUAAGUUCUUCCAACAGCUUUCUUCAAAGGUUGGGGGACAGAUCUGCUCUCUUAUGUGAAGUAUCAGGAGAUAAGUAGUGUUUUGAUUUGAUACUGGGGUUGUGUUGAUAGUUAAUUAAAAUCACUUGAUGUUUCCUGAAGCUUUGCCAGUGAAUGAAGACUAGAGCUUCAUCUGUGCUCUGCAGUAUCAGCAGGGGACUGAGAAGGGAGGAUGAAAAAUGUGUCUGCCCUUUGUGCUGUGACUCAUCCAACACCAGACACCUGAACACAUCUCCGCAGGAUGCUCAGACACACACACACACACACACACACACACACACACACACACACACACACACACACACACACACACACAGAUAGAGGCUCAGUGGCCUCACAUCCUCACUUCACGUUGAUGCGUUCAGAUGUACAGAGUGUGUCAUCACCUCAGCCUUUGAGCAAAGCAACAUUAACCCCCACACACAUUCACACUCUGCAGAAUGACAUAAUAGGUUGUUGAAUGUUCAUAGCAACAGGAUUUCAGCUGGGAUUUGCUACUUCCUGCGUCACUUAGUCCACCGCCCACACCCUGCCUGUCCUACCCCUCCAGUUUUGUGUUUUAUGCUUCGGUUGUGUAUCAGCAGACUUUAAGGAGCUGGUUUCAACGCCAACAUACACAGUCACUUUCCAAAAAUAUGUCCACUGUCAUGUUAUUAGAAACAUGAUAAACCCUUUUGGAAGUGCUCAGUCAUGCUCGUAUUAUGCCUGAAAUUCAAACUAAUUGAAUUUCUCUGUUUCAUUUGUCACUGAUAGAAAAUGAGCUGUCCUGGGACACCUCUGAUUGGGAGUCGGCAUGGGACAGUGGUGAAAAAACAGAGGGGGAACCUCCGUCUGCCAACACAGUCAGUCCUUUUUUUUUCAUGAUCCUUGUUUGCAUGAUGAGUAUUCUGCAAUUAGUGUCUCGAGAUGCAAAGCUACCCUAGAUAAAAAAAAAGAAAGGAAUUAUGAUAAUAAUAUUCUAUGAUAUUGCUGAAAAACUAAUGCCGUUAUCAAUCUGACUUGUUUUUCAAACAGCAGGUGGAGGAGGAAGCUACAGGGCAGAGUGCACCCUGGCUGCAGGACUGUGUAGUGGCUCUCUCACCCUGUGCCGACUUGCUUGUAGUGGCUCGGGAACAGAAGGCGGUUUUUCUCUCAGGUCAGAUUCUCAGGCACAUGUACAAAAUUAUAUUUAAAUAUACAAAGAGGUUUUUCAUGUACAUUUCUGUUGCUCGGCUCUCACAGCAAAGUGGCGCUCUGACAACAGUGGCAAAGAGGAGAUGACUCUGUCUGUGUCCUGGACUGGAACCCUCAGCACUGACGAAGGGUGAGAGUCAGAGGGAAUGACACUGCUGUUUAUUCCAUUUGCAGACUUUUAAAAGCUCCUGUGAGAAAUCUUUGGUCUGUGUCAAAGUUAUCUUUGCUUGUCUUGUCCUUUACAUGCUUAAUUGUGUCUUCUAACAAAUAAUCUCACCCUGACGACUCCAUGUGAAAAGCAGAGCUAUCUCUUGAGCUGCUCUGCAGAAUCAUACCACAUCACAUGGGCUUGAUAAUAAACAGACUAUCAGUCUCAUCCCUGAUGGGCUUGUUUGCUUUUGGAGAACAUGAAAAGGCAGCAACAUGAAUUUCAUAAACAUCAAAAAAUCCUUAAAGGGGCUUUAGUAAUAUUAUUAAUUCAAGAAGUAUCCUGAUGAAGCAGAGAGCACAAGAAACCAGAAAGCUCAUGAGUUAAACUCCACAGAUUUUUUUAUCAAACUUCUCUAAUGUGAACAUUUGAGCAGAUUUUUAAAGUUAGAGAUGAUCAGACUUGCUUGUCUUGGUUGAGUCAUUGUUGUAACUGAGUAAUUGUAUUGCUAUUGUUGAGUAUUCAACCUAUCUUUGUGUUGAUCUUAUUACUUAUUAUUAUGAUUAUGAAUAAUUUGGAUGUCACCUUUUUUUGUUAUCAGAUGUUUUUUGUGUUUUUAUUUUAUUUUUUUACAGCAAAAAAAAAAGAAAAGUAAAAAAGAAAAUAAUUGGAUAUUGUUGAUAAAUAACGUUUAAAGCAGCCUUAAUAUCAAAGAUUAGUGUCUCUUAAACACUGUCUUGGUUGGCUUAGACAUGUGUUGCUAGCAGCUUUACAUCUAGUAUUAACAUUUUGAAACUAACUAACAUGAGUUUUAUCUUUUUUAUAUUCUUUAUAGUCAGCAUCUGCUAAUAUUUGGAGUUCAUUUUCACCUUUACUUUUGUGCCGCUUACAUUUACACAAGCUUUCCUCUAUGCCAGUAGUCAUCUACUGUUUUAUUUAAGGUCAUAAAAAGUGCAACAUGCAGCACUAAAACUGCAAACUGACCAGUUGUUGUCACAUUCACUUGAUAACAGUUGUGUAUCCUUGAAAUGAGUGGGUAAAUGUGCAGAGAGGGAGCUGUAAAGUGCACUCAGUCAUACAAUCGACUAAAUGUUUUUCUUCUUAUCACAGAGAGUGUGUGAGCAGCUCCAUCUGUAUACCACUGGCAAGCCAGAAGAGGUAAGAAUCACCUAUGCUGAAAAAAUAAUUGAGAGCUAUAGAGGUAGAGAUGCAUGUUUGCAAGUGUGUGUCAAAGUGCUUUAUAGUCACAUGUAUGUUUUGGCAGGAGCUCCACUGGGCGGCCUGACUGGACAUGUGUCGUUGUGGGUUUUACUUCUGGAUAUGUCCGCUUCUACACAGAGGUACUCCAUCAGUUUCAAACAUCAUACCUCUCUUUUGUUCUCUGUAAAGAUUUCUUUGUCUGAUGAUAAUCAGAUAAUCAGCAGGAAAUGAAACUCCCCAGUAGGAUGUAAAAAAAGAGCUGAUGGUUUUGUAUCUAUUGUUUCUCGUCAGAACGGAGUUCUGCUCCUGGCCCAGCUGCUACACGAGGACCCUGUGCUGAGGCUCAAGUGUCGCACAUAUGAGAUCCCUCGUCAUCCUGGAGUAACUGAGCAGGUAAUGUACACUGAAAACUGCUGGGAAUUAUAUGGACAAUACAUUUAAAGGAGUAGUCUCAUGUUAUUUGAAAACUCACCCCUGAGAGUCAGAGAGGGAGGUUGUUAACACUCAUAUCUACAGUGACCAUACUAACAUGAAGCCAGCAGCUGUUUAACAGCAUAACCAUGGAAGGACCCAGUUAGACUUCUAGGAAAUAGUUUACCUUUAAACUUGUCACUGAUAUAAAUCGAAAAGCUAGAACUGGUUUUAUCCUGCCUGAAGAGGCCUCAUGUUUUAGAGUUUUUCGUCUGGACUUAAAAGUUUGGAUUUAACAUGGACUUGAAGUCAAGGAUAAAAUGAAUCAGAAUCUGGAUGUCAGAGUCAACGUGAUUGGUCUGAACGUAAAAGUUUUAACCAAUGUAAGAGAACCACUCCAUGCUUACAUGUAUGUUUUUCAGAAUGAUACAUUACAUUACAUCUGCAAGGAAAUAUGUAGAGAGUAAAACCCUCUGUUAUGAUGACAUGAACAUUUCCUCCUGGUUCGCUGCUAUUCUUUUGAAAACAGUCAUAACUGACUGGCAGAGGCAGAAAGGCUGCAUUUCUCCUUUAAUGAGUUUAGAGGAGGUGAUGAGUCAGUUUUGCUAUCUUUGGACAGUAACAGGCAGGCUUUUAUUGUCCCUGAUCCUAAACUAAGCUUACAACAUCAAUAUUUUACAUAACUCCAAACUAGUAAAGAAGUAAGUAGCUUCAAAAAUGAUGUGUGCGUUUAUUUUCAGAAAUGAGGAUAAGUAUCCCAACCACAAAAUUCACUCCCUACCUUGAGCACCUGAAAGUGUCUGAUUUUGUUGUAUCACAGCAUGAAGAGUUAAGCAUCCUCUACCCUGCUGCCUUGGUUACCAUCGAUGGAUUCAGCCUCUUCCAGUCUCUGCGUGCCUGCAGGAACCAGGUUGCAAGAGGUACUGCUGCUUGAGUUUAGUAGUAUAUGUGCACUCAGUUGUAAGUUUUCACAGUAUUUAAAGAUGUUUGAGGGGUAUCUUUUCGGGGCUGGGAUUGAAUUUUAAAGAGGGAUUCAGUGUGUUAACUAGAGAUGUGUUCUUCACCUGCUGGUUGGGUGGACAGAGGUUGCCUCAGGACAUACAGGUACUCAAAUGAAAAUGUCUGCACCACUAGCAGACAGAGACUUUAGAGGGUUAGCAGUAAAGCUUCAGCAGUUUAAUCUGGAGUGCCUGUGUGCGACAGUAAAGCUGAAUUUGUGUAUGUGGUUUGUGGCCUGCAGCAGCUUUGUUAACAUUAUAGUGCCUUAGUUGUAGGUGUUGCUUGAUGUGAGGCUAGCUUACCAGUUGACAAUCCAUGGUGGCAAAUCACUUAUUUUUGUGGUCAGAUAAUGCACUGGUUAUCUUCUCUAUCUAGCUGCAGCUGCAGGGAGUGAUGUGAUCCAGCCUCCUCCCCUGGCCUAUAAGAAGUGGGGUCUGCAGGACAUGGGCACCAUUGUGGACCACAGUAGUGUGGGUAAGGUCAAGGAUGGAGGAUGCCUUUAUCAUCCCUGAUGGUCAUUGUAUUUAUGUGUCUAGUCAGAUAAAAAGGCUGAGAAGGUUUUUGUUGUUGAUAUCUUAAUCAAAAGUCAAACCAUAACAACAAGACUUCAAUAGAAUUAUUGAUUAAAUAAGCAGUAGGGCAGUUAUAAGGGUGUUAUUUUACAAACCACUCCAUGGGUGUAUGUCAUGCAGCACAUAAAACUGUAUUUUUUUUGCAUGGAUUUAAAGACACUUUCCCACCGACAUGGACAGGCUUAAUGAGACAUUCACUGCCUCAUGUUACCUGUUCAAGCCCACCUUAAAUUAAACAUCCCACCCCACAGCUUCCACCAUCCAUGUAAUGGUCUGAGAUUUCUCUCUCUGAUGGAUUUUAGCCUAAUUCUUCAUGUGAAUCUGUAUCCCUGCUGUGUAGACAGAUGAGCCCUCUGAAUUAGCACCAUAAACAUCUGUCAAAACUGUUUAAAAGUGACUGAAAACAGGCAGAACAGCUUCAGAAAUCUUAGUGAAAAAGUAGCACAGAAAUAACGGCCACGGGGAUGCUGUUUUGCCUAAGUAUAAAUUCUUUGUUUUGCAUGAUGUUAUUUAAUGACCACUUUAAUGCUACCAGUCCCCUGCUAAUGCUGGUCCUGUGCACAACAAGGCUAUACAAACAAUAUUCUCUCAACAGGAACCUUUGAGAAAUUUGAAAAGAAGAAAAUUCAAAAAAAGUUUUUUCAUUUUGUUCAUUUAAUAUUAAAUCAGAUCAGUUCAUCUAUAGGGUAAAGAGCUCUUCUUGCUGUUUCAUGUCCACUCUCUUUACCUCUCCUGCUCUCAGGUAUCAUGACGCUGUGUGUCUUUGACCAGAUGAAGAAUGCUUCUAUUCUGGGGGGGUUUAAUGCUUCAGUCAAGGGCAGCCCCCCAGCCAUGAGUCAGUAUGUCACAGUGGGAGGUGGGCCAUACACAGGCUUUUUCUAUGCUGUCGAGGUGAGUGUGUGACAGGGAUGUACCAUAUCUAUCUGUUUCUUUUUCUUGAAGACUGACUGUCUCUGUGUUUGUCUUCAGGGAAGCUCUCAGCCUCUCCUCUCUCAUGUGGCUCUGGCUGUAGCCAGUAAACUCACCUCAGCCCUCUUCAGCGCGGCCAGGUGUGUGUCUCUGUGUGUGUGUGGAAAAAACAAGCUUCUGUGUGUGUAUGAGCAUGAAGUUCUUCUCCAGCUGUUUGCCUUGUCUACCAGCUUUGAAACAGCCUGUAAUGGCUGCAGCAUAUAAUCAUCAUGCCACAAACAGGCUCUGACUUUUUUUUAGAAAAAAACAGAAAUGAUUCCUACCCAGAAAGAUGUUUUGUUGCUCUGUGAGGAAAAAAAUAUUUUGACACCGCUCCAACACUUCACCAGACUCCACUGACAGGAGUGGGAACUAUGUUUUGCAGAGCAAAGAUGUUGUUUGGCUCUUGUCCUUCAAUGGACAAACUUCAAUCAAACACAAACUAUAUCUGUGGUAAAUAGAAAUAAAUAAAAGAACGGCCUUGUAAGGUAAGAAUCCAGCGUUUGGGGUCCCCAGACUCUUGUAUAUUUGAACAAAUCUGGUGAAGUCAAAAACGGUCUUGUUAAAGGUCAUCUAAUACACUUGUUUUCUGAGUCCUGACUCUUAUCAGAUACAUUUUAAUAACAGUCUUAUCCUGUCAAAGGCAAAAACAAGCACUUUGACUGGAUGUACUUCAAUGAGGUAAAGGAUUUCAGUACAGCCAGUACAGUCUGUUUGACCAGAAAUAUCGAAGGACCCUAAAGAAGGAAGCUCAAGUUUCAAAAUGCAUUGUAACCUGUUUAAGACGGCCAACAUACUGAAGAUAUGGCAAAAUAAAUGGAAUAAGAAGACAAACAACCAACUGUUUAAAAGGAGAGUAGGUUUGUCUCAUGUGGUUUGUCACACUCAUCCGUGUGUGUGUGUGUGUGUGUGUGUGUGUGUGUGCGUGCGUGCGUGCGUGCGUGUGUGUGUGCGUGCGUGUGUGUGUGCGUGUGUCUGUGUGUGUCUGUGUGUGUGUGCGUGUGUGUGUUUCAGACUUUUGUUGUAACAGCCUCUGAAUAAGCUUCUCUGGUCAGGUCAGCUUCAUCCAUUCAGGGCAGUAAACUGAUCAUUGUUCAGGUCUUCUCUCAGUCCUUUUUUUUGGUGUGUUUAGUCAGCUGUUCCUUCUCUUUAAUUGUACUUUCAGGCACUUCAGUUUUGUUUGAUUCUUUCUUUACAAAGAUUCAUCCUCUUAUUUACAUCUCCCACUUUCUCUGUGCUUAUUUUCCAUCAUUACACUUUCAGUGGAUGGCUUGGUUGGAACAAGAGUAAGAAUGAAGAGGAGGCGGUUCAGAAGCAGAAACCAAAGGUGGAGCCGGCUACGCCUUUAGCUAUUAGGUACAAAUUAUUAUCUCACAACACAAUUGUAGUUAACCUUUUAUGUUAUUAUACAGGUAAUACUGAGCUUCUCAGUGUUUUGUUGUCUCACAUAGAUGUUUUCCCUCCUCCUGUUUUCUAGGUUUGGUCUCCCAGACUCUCGUCGCCAUGGGGAGUCCAUCUGUUUGUCUCCCUGUAACACCCUGGCAGGAGUGACGGAUGACUUCGGCCGAGUCACUCUGCUGGAUUUGGCCCGGGGUAUUGCUGUCCGCAUGUGGAAAGGUGAGGGAAAGAGGGAGGAUUUGUGAAGGGAUCUUUCCGAAGAGUUCAAGUAUGGAAAAGUAGAGCCUUUAAAUCCCUCUGAUACUGAUGUGAUUUGAAAAGAACCAAACACUAAACUUUGACAUGCUUUCUGUUUGAUAGUCAGUCCUCUUAAUACCAACUUGUUUGGCUCAUCUUGAACUAAUUUUCUGCAGGUUACAGAGAUGCCCAGCUCGGUUGGCUGCAGGUCCCAGAGGAGAGGGGUGAUCGAGAGUUCUCCCCGUCUGCCUCCCUCCCCAGACGCCACGCUCUGUUCCUGGUCAUCUACGCCCCUCGCAGGGGGAUCCUAGAGGUGUGGGCCAUGCAGCAGGGACCUCGAGUUGGAGCUUUCACUGUGGGCAAGCACUGCAGGUAUGAACAGUUCUCUCAACAUUUUCAUAAUCCAUGCACCACAGCUGCAUAAACUGCACACCUGUUGAUUGACAAACUGGAGAAUAACACAUAAUAAUGCAUGUGUGUGUUUGUGUUUUCUGUGUUUCAGGUUGUUGUAUGCUGGUUACCGCCUGUUGGGGGUGAACAGUGUGACCAGUCAGGGCUGGCAGCUGCACACUCAGCAGGUGUGUCUGAUGGAUCCCAUCACAGGAGCGCUGAGGACAGUGAACAUCCCUUUCCACCUGGCCCUCAGGUACAACCUCAAAGAGAGUCUAGACCGGUGUUAGACCCUCAGGGAUGUUUUAAGCCUGUCCAUCAUCUUCAAAGUAGAUCCUUAUGAUUUCUGUGAUGCAGAACAACUACUGUAAAACUUGGUGAAAUGAGGGUGUGAUUCAGUCCCCUUCCUAUUUCAGUGACAAGAAGAGUGAGCGAGCCAAAGAUAUGCACCUUUUCAAGAGACUUAGCGCAAUACUGAGGAGCAGAGAGGUGGACCCUGGUAAGAGAUACCUGCCAAAUUGAUGUGUAGAGAAACCUGUAACAUGAGGGAUGUGAUAAUUCAUUUGUUUUUGAACUUUUCAGACGUUUUGGAGAGUGAGGCCAAAAGCGUGCUGCUGGAUAUCAAACACCCUGCCAUCAAAAAGCAGGUAAAACUCCAGACAUUCAACAAGCUGCUCCACAAACUCAACUGACUAAGAGGCCAGUGUUUGGUAGCAGCUGAAGUAAAACGUCUAAAUACAGUGUUUUCUCUUUUUUUUUCAGGCUUUAGAGUCUCUGCUGUCAAACAGAAACGCUCCCGUUUCAUGUCUCACCAGCGUCACAUCCGCCUUAUAUGACACACUAAAGAAGCAAGGUUAGAUAUCAGCUUGUUGUCAAAGGAUCAUUUUAAAAUGUUGAACCUGUUUUUACACGUGUUAGUGUCUCUUUACCUGUUGGUUUUGCAGAAGCUCCAUCUAAUUGCUUCAGCCAGUAAACUAUGACUCAUUUUUCAUGAAUGGGAUAUGCCUCUAAUCAGAGUGCACCAGAUUUAAGUAUCUGACCGUGUUUGCUGCUGACCGGCUCAGAUUACAUCAAAAACAGAUCUUACAGUUUUAACAGAGGCUCAGUACCCGCUCUAGUUUAUGCUCAUGUUCCCAGCAUACACUGGUGCAUCUUAGAUCUAUCCCCAAAGCAUCUCUGCUAGGGCUGGACGAUUAUGGCAAAAGUAAUAAUCACGAUUAUUUUGACUGAUAUUGAAAUCACGAUUAAUAAACACGAUUAUUCAUUGAUUUCAAAACUUGAGUAUUUAUUGAACCAACAAAACUUAACUUUAAAUAUAACUUAAAAGACCAGCCAGAAAUGAAUUAGUAACAAGUAAACAAGUAAAAAAUAAAAAUUAACCAGCUCUGUGAUUGCUGAUGAUAACUAACUUAUGCUAACAUUCGGCGUGUACAUGCACUGCGGUGGCGCGCGCAUAUACUUAUGGAUAUGACUCAGAGUUAGAGCCAUGUAAAUGAAAAAAACAACCCUCAUUUUUAAGGUGUGUCGGCUUUUGUUUAGCUAUGGUGAUGCGCCAAUUAAUCGCAUAUAGGGGAAACCUUAAAGUUGGUCGUGUUGCCUUGGGGAGCAGACACGACAGCGUGACAAACUUUGCAAACAGUUUCUUUUUGCUGAACCUCUGUCAACUUGAAGCCAUAAUGUUUCCAGAUAACUGAAGUUGUCCUAACUUUUUUCUCAACCAAACGCUGCCUUCCUGCCAUGAUUCAAUCGCUCACUUCAUAUUAUUGAUCCACACACAUCACACACUUGCGUGGGGUGUAUUAGGGUUUUUUUUCCAGCACAGGUACUUACAUGCCUUGCUGUAUGGUGUAUCAUGAGUAAAAUUCAAUGAAUUGCCCAGCACUAAUCUCUGCACUCCACUUAAGACACUCGACUAGUUUUGGUAGAGCCUGUGCUCAGAACACAUCAAGCUUUACCAGGCAGAGCAACCUGGAUGGGAACGCCAGAUAUGUGAACACCAGACUCUUGAAUCUUGUAAUCACAACAAAAAACAGAAAUCUUUGAUCCUUGUUGAUCACAGCUGGAGUUUAAACUGUCAAGUUUGAAUGUUAUAGCUCAGCAAAGUGGGUCAUAAUUGAAGUUAGCCUAUCCUAGCAUGGCAGCUUAAAACUACUCAUUAAAAGAGGUCAAUAAAAUGCUCGGGUUCAAAUUUACUGAAGUCUCCUUAGAAAUAAUGAAAGGAGAAGGUCAUGUACUGAACUGGUGUCUAAUCUAAAAUUGUUCUGCACGUCUACAGGACUAUCCAUGUUCUGUGUCUCAGUCCUUUUGUCCUUUCCUCAUGUUUCUGAAUUUGUGAAUCAGACCAGGAGGAAGUGGAUCCAGGAUUACUGCAGCUGUGCUCUUCACAGCUAAAACUACUUCACCUCCACACAGAUAUCAAACAGCUGCACGCUGCUGCAGACACAGAGGCCUGCUCGAAAGAUGUAAGCUCAUACACACACACACACACACACACACACACACACACACACACACACACACACACACACACACACACACACACACACACACACACACAUUUAAACACACACAAGCAUUUUUCAGCUAAUGUUGCUGCUAAGGGUUGAAGCAAAGCCAACAGAUGAUCCUCAUCGUUUGUCCUCCAAACUUUACCACAAAUCCUGCUGUUGUCCCUCCACCAGGACUCCCUUGAUGGCAUAGAGGAGGAACUGUCUCGUGUCGGCCCCACCCUACAACGCUACGCCCAGCUCACAUCCAGACCCAGUGUUUCUUUUGCACAGGACUCACCUGACGCUCCCCUACCUGCACAAGCCUUUCUCUCCCAGAUGGAGUGCACCGAGGACGGGGAGCUAAAGGUGAUCCGUGGGUCUGAAACUGAAUGGAAUCAACUAGGUAUGAAAACGUGUAUUCACACUUAAAUGUUCACCCAGUGAGCCUGAUCAGAACCAUUUGAUCAUAUCGAGUCACAUCAGAACCUAGCAGUGGUAAAAUUUACAUAGCAUGUGGAUAGUCCCAGCUCAGGGCACACAUUCAGUUUGUGAGUAUUAAAGCAAAGCAGAAACCCAGUAUGAGGACUCUUGUGCUCUUGUGUGUCCUUUACAGGAAACUUUCUCUUCUGGGGUUGUCUGUGUGGAAAAAGUCCUCUUCAUAAAGUCUGUGACACACUCCAGCAGGCUGGCAUCAGUCCUCAGCAGCUACUGGUAAGAUGGAAGACGGUCUGAUUAAUAGGACAGUAAAAAAGUAAGACCAGGUUCAUUUUGAGAUCAGCUGUGUGAGAGUUGUUAGACUGAAGUGAAUAACAGGGAAAAUGAUAUAAAACCAAGGACCCAAAUGACCUCAGACCAGUGGAUAAGUUUGCACCUGCUUGGCACUUUUCUUCUUAUUUUUCUUAAAUGUACUUUAUUGAAGCACAAAUAGGUUUGUGAUAAUCUUUCCACAUAAUUGUAGUUUUUAAGGCCUUUGUUGACAUUUUGUUGGCACUUAUUCCACAGACUCAGGUUAAGGCUGUACUAUAAUUUCAUAUUUCCUUCCUAUUUUCAGUCUCUGUUGUUGAGCGUGUGGUUGCAAAGAGAAAAAGAGGUCCUUCAAAAACCAGAGGAAACUGUCAGAAACCUUCACACUCUACUCAUCGCCCUCAGCAACAUGAAAGGUUUGCUUUCCUGUCCCCUGUGUGCAGAAGUUUAAGUCUGUCAACUAAUCAAACAAUCCAAAACAGCGUUUGCUGAUCUUCUUCUGCCUCCAGGCGCAGUUGAGGAGUCAUGGGACCCCCAGUCUAUCUCCCCCUGGUGGCAACAAGUCCGCUCCACAUGUAUCCAGUCUCACAAUGCUGCUGCUGCUCUGCUGGCAGCUUUUGUCGCUCACCGUGCAGCAAAGGCCAGCAUCACUAGCCUGGCUGACAGCAAGGUAGAGAGUCAUCACACACAUAAGUGCAGAAACACACGCUAAAGUUAUUAAACACAACUGAAAUGUUGCAUGUUCUACAGUUGCAGUCAGAGUGGGAGGCCGUGUCGUUAGAGCUGGAGCAGUGGGUGGUGUGUGUACGCCAGCUGGAGGAUGUACUGGUGCUGCAGACACUGUUGUCGGCACCACCUCCUCAGGGGGCUGCAGGGGGCGCUGUAGCUCAGUGCUCCAUAAAAACUCUGCUUGAGGGAGGUGCAGGUGAGCCUAAUAAUGUCAUCAAGAGUUCUUACUAACAUGUACAGCAAUACUUUCUGGUCCAGACUCUUUUGACCACUUCCAUUUGUGUCUUCUUGUUCUUCCUCUUGAGUAUUCAUAAUCUGAAUCAGGACUUCUCACGUGUUUAACAUGGUUUCUGUUUAUAUGAUAGGUGGCAUUGCAGACAGUGUCUCUAAGUGGGUGUUCAGGCACAACUUACCCCCGGAGAGACUGAAGGAAAUUCUUCUGAAGAGAGAAGACAAAGAAGAGGACCAACCGGAGCAGAAAGCAGAAGACGUAGAGGAGGAAAACACAGACAGGACAGCAGGUCAGAGCUCAGUCAUGCAUUAUUCAGCUGCUGCAAAGUAGUCUGGGUAUACAUGGAGCGAGUGGAUUAUUGGACUGUUAUGUUCAUGUAGCCUCUAUGUUACUCUGUCUGUUGGGUUUUGCAGAGCUGUUGGUGGCUGUGUGUCAGCGGUUCCCACAUUCCCUCUCACCUGACCUGCUCUUUGCUCAUUGCUGCUGGGAGUAUGUGGUGCAGUGGAACAAAGACCCUGAGGUUCACACUUACCUACCUACCCACACACACACACACACACACACACACACACACACACACACACACACACACACACACACACACACACACACACACACACAAAAACACAAACUUUUCUGGUUCAACCUCAAAGGAAGUAGAGUGCUCUUUUAAAUCUAUAGCAGAGAUAGGUGCAUCUGCUAUUUUCAUAUUUCUGCCCAGUAUCACAAAGUCCUGUUAAAAGAGGGACAGGACUUAAACCCUUGGCCUGAGAGCCAGGCCCCUAUUCUCACACCUGUUGUUCUUCACAGGAGGGCCGGUACUUAUGCUGGGCUGUGGAACACCUGAAGCUGGUCUCCAGUCCACACAUCCAACUCGGUGAGGGGACCCUGUGGAUCAGCUUUUUAACACGCUUGUCACAACAGACCAGUGUUGACAAGAACUGUCUGUUUCAAAAUUAAAAUAGUGAUAUUGUUCCAGAGAUGAUUCAGCACUUUAAAAACUAAUUCUCAGGAUUUAUUGUGAAUUUAAAAAUGUUGUCAGAACUUUUGCCUCUUCAGGUAACUAAUCAAUUGAAUAUUUUGAAUAUUGAAUAUCUUUUCUCUGUUUUCAUUCAGUUCUUUACAGGGAUAUUCCGGCGUAAAUCUAAGUUAGGGUCAAACACACUGUAACACCAAGUUAGACUCCCCCUUGAGAGAUGAAUUGUGCCGACUGCUUACUUCUCUAGUUAUACCAACUUUAGUAACGACUGCAGGAUAGCAAUACACAGCGGUCUAUCACUCCAUGCACAAACCUCAACCAAAAAGCCACUUUAAAGCCACAAAUAAUGCUCAGAACAGCACCUAACUUCAUCAACAGUAUAUGUAGGGUCCUAACCAUAGUACUAGCCAUCAAACAUCUCUUUAGUGUUGCCCGGUUUCUUUAGCAAAGAGACUAAACACAACUCACCCACUCUCCUCCAGCAGCUGCUUGUUUGUGGGGGAGCCCUGACAAGUCGAUCACCGGGUGCAGCAGAAAAUUUAUGAUUAUUAAUUCAUGGAAAUGCAAUCAGACCAAGACACUAAGGAUGAACUACCGUAUCUGCAGUGCAUAUACAAGAUAUACAAGAACCCUGAUUGCAUUUCCAUGAAGUAAUAAUCAUAAAUGUUCUUCCUUGAGCUGCGAAACUCCACUCGAUUCAUCAGGGUUCCCCCACAAACAAGCAGCCGCUGGAAGAGUGGGUGAGUUGUGUUUUGUCUCUUUGCUAAAGAAAUCAGGCAAAGCUAAAAAGAUGUUUGGUGGCUAGUGCUGUGGAAGUUGGUAUAACAAGAGAAGCAAGCAGACGGCAACAUUCACCUCUUGAGGGGGUGUCUAACUCUGUGUUACAGUGUGUUUGACCAUAACCUAAUUUUACGCUGGAAUAUCCCUUUGAUACAAAGAUCGGGGUGGUUUGAAAGUGAUUUGAUGUCUGUGGUGUUUUAACCAUUGGCUUUACUAUGUUUGACUCUGGACGUCUUUGAAUCUUCUUACAGGUAUUUCUACAAUGAUGUGGAAUACGUUCAUUGUGAAGCGUUUCUCAUCAGCAGCCUACCUCAUAGAAAAGGUAACUCCUGUUCAGAAGGGAAAUGUUGUUCAGUCUAUGAUUCAACAAAUUAAAUACUCCUAUUUCUUUUCACCAGGUGGGAAAAGCUCCUAAAGAUCGCUUGUGUCGAAGGGUAAGUGUCUCAAAAACAUCUUCAUUCAUUUUCAUGUGAAAGUUAUUCAAGGUGAAAGCUUCGAAUAUUGAAGGUGUGUUUGUUUGUGCAGGAUGUGGGGAUGGGAGACAAAGCCGUUACAUCUUUCCUGGGCUGCUGUGUGCAGCUGCUGCAGAUCCUCAUGGAGGUGACUGGAGUAUUGGUUAAAAAUCAGUCCCCUUUGUCUUUUAUAAAUUACUAUGUAAGUAAAGAGACCCUUAAAAGAGCAUGGAGAAACGUACUGCUACUAACCACACAUAUGCAUUUGAUACACUGGCUAAGCAGCUUCCUUAAAGAUCCCCUCCAGACACGGUUCAAGAUUUAUGAAAGCAGUACCAAAGGUCACCAGAAGGGUUUGUGUCUGAUAAGGUUUCACCACCCCUAUAAUGUUGAUUAAGAAGUAGAUCAGUACAUUAAGUGUUUAAAGUUAAAAACAUUCUUAUCCAUAGCAGUCCUCGCUGUCAAAAUCAGCAUGUUGGGCAAAAACAAGUAUUUGAAAGGAUGUUAGCUUAGCAGGAGACGUGUGCCUUAACACAUGAAGUUACAGUCAUUAUAGCCAAAGCAAUCUGUUCCUGUAAUUUCAAACUUACUGCAUCAUCAAGUCAUUUAGAAACCAAAAUAUGCAUGAAAAAAAGGCCCAGAUAAAAAAAUACUGGAAUAGCCCUUUAUGAGAAGCAUAAGCAUCUGAAUGAACGAACACAAAACAAACUUGUUCCCUGGAGGGCAACUUUAACGUUUGUGCAUGUGCAUCUGCACCCUCAACACCAACCAUGGGCUCAAAUUGGAGGUUUGCUCUUUUCAGCUCACAGCCUUAUCUCCUCUUCUUCUUCCUUACUGCUGCAUCAGGCUGACUCAGCGGUGGAGGAGGUCUCUGCUCCGGAGCUGUCCAUGGAGGAGGUGUGGUGUGGGGCCGAGGGUCCUGCCUCUAUAGCUGAACUGGCCCUGGAGCAGAGAGGGGUCCACUACCCACUAGUACAACACCACUGCCUGUUAGCGUCCCUGCUUCAUGCUGCUAUGACCUUCAGUGUGAAGGUGAAACCGCUCAGCCUGUUUGACAGUAAGGUGAGAAGACACAAACACACACACACACUCACAUGUGCGAGUGUGUGUGUGAGUGAUGCGCAUGUCGGCAGUGAGGUGAAUCCUGUUUGCAGCAAAUUGGAGCUGCAGCAGUAAUGCAAACCCUACACCUCUCUCCUCUCUCCUCUCUUGUUUCAGGGUAAGAAUGCUUUCUUCAGAGACCUGACCACCAUCCAGUUGAUGCCCAGUGGGGACAUGGACCCCAGCCUCGUCGCUCUAAGACAAGAGGUGAAAUGACAACAAAAUGAAGCUCCCUGAAGAAGAAGUUCUUUUUAUGUCUCUCACUCCGUCUGAUUUCAUCUCUCAGUUCCUCCUGCGGGUGCUCACCGGCUGGGUUCAGGCCAUAGAUGAUCCCUCCAGCUCAGCCCCUGGUUCUGGGCCCCCUCCUCUACCUUCAAGUGGCCCAAAGGCUGACUGGUGGCCCUCUCUGUGUCAGGAGCUGGGCACCCUGCUGCAGGUCAACCCCGACAUCCUGAGACGGCACCUGGUCUGCGAGCUCUACAACCAAGGCCUGGACCUCCGUGCUGAAGAGGUACAGGGAGAACAGGAGUUUUUUUUACGACCAACUCAGUCCAGUGAUCUGCUCUGACCGCAUCAGAAUCAGAAUAAGAAUCAUUUAUUAAUGGCCACACAACACGGUUGGUGGAAUUUGUUGUCCGAUACAGCACAUCAUGCUCACAUCCCCUGUGUCGGAUACAUACAUGCAGACAUAAAAAAAACAAUGCAACAAUACAAGAUAAAAGAUAAUAGAUGUUGAUACAAUUUACUUCAGAUAUUAGUUUAUUGUCCGUAUGGCAGUGGGGAAGAAACUAUUCUUGAAUCUGGCUGGGUUAGCUGUGAAAGACCUGUACCGCCUCCCAGAGGGCAUGAGUGUGAACAGGUGGUGUGCAGGGUGUGUAUGGUCUGAGGUGAUUUUCAGUGCUCACUGUGACUUGUCUUUGAUACAGAGUCUCUAUGGAUGGAUGGGUGUGGCCAGUGAUUUUGGAUGAUCUGUUGAUAAUGCGUUGAGGUUUUGUGCAUGAGUGACUGUCCAAGUUUCCGUAGCAGACUAUUAUUGAUGAUGUGAGGAUACUCUCAAUAAUGGCUGUGUAGAACUAAAGGAGGAUAAUGUGUCUGACUCUUAACUUUUUGAGCUUUUGCAAAAAGAACAGUCUUUUAUUGGCUUUUUUGUAAAUUUCAUCUGCAUGUUGCUUCCAUUUGAGUGUAUUACUAAUGUCUGUGCCGAGGAAUUUGAAGGAGUCUGUGAUGGUUAUGGCUUUGGAGUUGAUGAAAAGGGCUGUUUUGAGUGUGGGUGAGAAGUCUGUUAUUAGUUGGUCCUUCAUUUCUCAUCAGGUGAUGCUGGAGGUGGAAGAUAAGGAUGUUCUUGGUUCCCAGCUGUUGGUUCUGACCGGUCAGAGACUGAGCUACACAUUGCUGCACAGCCAGACUCAGACGCAGGCCGCCAUGGAGCUGCUCGCCCGCCUGCCCCCCACUCUCUGCACAUGGCUCAAGGCUAUGGUGAGUCAGCAGAUUUCCUCAUGGUAUCUCACUCACUGUUACUACUUUCAGAGGCUGGACCUCCUUAACAGACUGACACCGGCACAGUCAGUACUAACAAGGUCUUACUCCUAGAUCCCCUCCAAACAAACCCAAGCUGACUUGUACAGUAUUGUGUGUAUUUGUGUGCCUCAGGACCCCAGUGAGCUGCGGUGUCCACUGGUCCCCCUUCCUCAGACCAGCAGGCUGGUGGGCCGCCUGAUCGAGAUCCUGCCUGAGAACCACGCUCAGUACAGCCUGUCCCUGCACCUCCUGGAGGCAGUGGAGGCCCUCACCACGGAGGACUGACCCUGAGAGACUCUGGGGGGGCAGCGUCCCGGCCCUCCUCUGUCUUUGUCAUGGAGAUUUUUCUUAUUCAGCUCAAUUCAUCCUUACAAAGUAAUCAUAGCUGAUGACAUGAUAUGAUAGGCUUUUAACUUUUUUAAUCCGUCAUAACUUUGCGCAUGUAAGGUGAUUAUUAUUGAGUAUUGUGGGGAGGAUAUACAUAUUUGAGAUGGUUGUUGUUUUUGUCAUUUUCUCUCUCUCCUUUAGUCUGAUGUCAGUGUCAGAGAGCUCAAACUUUGUGCCAUAACAAACUUCUGUUUCUCCUCCUGUUCCCCCUCUCAUUGGAGGGAUAUGUAACAUAAAGAAAAAAAGACCUUAUUUUUUAUUUAUAUUUGCAGACGGUUCUUUACAAGCUGUGCCUGUAUGCCUCCUUUUCUGUCGCCCCAUGUCCAGCCGCUCCCACUGGGCUGAUCUGAUUCAGAAUAAAGAGGUUUCUCAAAAGCUGA